GUAUUAGAAAUCAAGCUUCGUUACACUCAGAAAAUUAUAAGGAUUAUAGUAAUGAAAGUUUACAAGAAAGUUUUUCAGAAGAAAGUCAGCAUGUUAGUAACAACUUUGAAUGCAGUUUCUCUAUAGAUUCGGAUAUAUUGAGUAGCGAAUUAGAUACUUUAAGUAGUAGUCGAAAACUUUGA